GGUGUAACGUUCAUUUCGGAGUUGUUGUUAGAACAGAUCUGAGCAUCAAGAUGAGUGGCAGAGGAAAAACCGGUGGAAAGGCUAGAGCUAAGGCCAAGACUCGUUCAUCCAGGGCUGGACUUCAGUUCCCCGUGGGACGUGUGCACAGGCUUCUGCGUAAAGGCAACUAUGCCGAGCGCGUCGGUGCCGGCGCUCCGGUCUACCUGGCCGCAGUGUUGGAGUAUCUGACCGCUGAGAUACUGGAGUUGGCCGGUAACGCCGCUCGUGACAAUAAGAAGACCCGCAUCAUUCCCCGCCACUUGCAGCUCGCCGUGCGUAACGACGAGGAGCUGAACAAACUGCUCGGCGGAGUGACCAUCGCUCAGGGUGGUGUGCUACCGAACAUUCAGGCUGUGCUUCUGCCUAAAAAGACCGAGAAGGCCGUCAAGACCAAGUAAACUCGUCCACUGCUGCUCUGUCAGUACCCAAA